UUUAUUCCAAAAACGUUCUUCAAUUUUCGCAAAUUUUAGCCUCGGUAUUCUAUAAAAUACAUUCUUAUAUAAAAGAAGAGUGUAUAAUACAUCUUGCAAAUUUAGUGACAUCAGCGGUAAAAGACCUGUAGAAAAAUGUCUCUAACCACCACGACAGUGGUUCCAUGAUGACACCUAAACGUCAAUUUUUAUCGCUUAUUUUCGCUUGCCUCUGUGUUUCGAAAUUAUUACCGAUAAGAAUACAGUAAUCAUUGCCGAUUACUAUGAUAAUCAUUAUAUGAAUAGAAUCAUUGUACAUCAGGAGGUUCAUUGAAAUUAUGGUUUUUCGUACUGUUAAAAAGAUAAGGCGAAGUCAUACCUCAAGAGACAUAAAAAAAACCCCAUGAUAUUUAAACAAUCGAAAGUCAGUCAACAUUGACAGGAAAAUUGCAACAUCACGGAAUUGGCGUUAGAGAUUCUGCCAUCGUUGCCAUCUGAAGUGGGCGAAAAGGUGAAUAGUAUCGACAAUAAAACGUGGUUUGUAUCGUGCUUUUCGUAUUCUAUUUUCACUUUCGUUGAAAUGUUCACUUUAUGUUCGCCUGAAAAUCAACAAAUCCAUUCACGCAGCUGCGGAAGAAAAUUCCAAAAAAAACCCCAAAAACUUUCUAUUGUUUGUUUUCGCAUUGUCAUAACAAUACGUGUAAUUUUUUCCUUGUAUUUUUUCCCAGUUUCAGUCCAGCAUCACAGAAUGGGCAAUAGUUGUUCGUAUUAUACAUUUUGUUUAUAUUACUACAUGAACAUUUUAGUGACAAAUACUCAUUGGAAAAUUUUUUUUUUUCAAAAUUGUACGUACGUGUUGUAGUUUAAAUAAACAGGUUGAAAACAUCACGUUUGUUUUAACAAUGUCAAUUGAACUCUUCAAAUCGCUCUCUUUUGAUAAUUGAAAUAAAUUAAUUUCAAUCUAUCUGUUAGACUGUGGGUUCAAAUUUUAUUUGUCUUAACAAUUAACUUUUCUCCACGCUUAUAAGCGGAUUUUCACACCACAUUCUAGCUCUUCAAACGUUUUUCCUCACGUUUUUCUGUAGCCGAUUUAUAUAUUUCCUUCACUGAAUUCUUCUUCUGAGUUACUGUAGAACUUUUCUUACUGCGCUUAGAACCUCAAUGCGUUGGUUGUUACACCUUUUACUAAAAAGUCUAGCUAUAUUUGUAACUUUUCUAUUUUAAGUGUAUUUAGCAUGUCGACUAGCACACGCUUUUCAAUAUCCCACUUAUAACUACAAUGUCUUCACGGGUGAGUUUUUGUUAACUUUUCCUCAACGCGCGAACGUUUUUAUGUUUUUUGGAUUCCUUAAUUGAUUUUUGUAGGGAGUAUAGUAAACGAUGGGCAAGUUUUACGUGCCUGACGCCAGUAAUCUCAUAUCUCACCCGACAGCUUGUUGUCAGAAAGGACUAGACAACGUCAAUAUAAGUUUAUAAAGCUGAUGCAGAUAACAAUUGACCGUGACAGUUUAUUGAAUCAUCCCAUGAAAACGACAGAAGAUAACGGCUGUUAUUACAGUUGGUCCGCCGUCACUCCACGUGCUAUAAGAGUUUCAUUCUUAGUUUAAAGCUAACUGCGUCGCAAUAACUUGCUAGAAAGCUUCAAAAUUUUUUCAUCCUCCUGCGAUCAUCGCGGAACAUGGAGGAAUCCCUUUCUCUCGAGUUAGCCACGAGAACAGAGACCUUAGUUUGGAUUGAAACUGUUUUGUUUGCCGUUAUCAAUGUUGUGGCCCUCUUUGGCAAUCUUCUUACUUGUUACGCCGUGCGCAGAAACCAGGGGCUUCGUACACUUCCCAACAUGUUUGUAGUAGCACUUGGUGUAAGCGACAUUCUGAUGUCCGUCUGCUGUAUGCCCUUUUCAGUGGCAACAUUAUUUCGAGGAGAGUGGAUUUUUGGCGAAACAUUUUGUCGUGUUCUCAGCUUUGAAGUGUUUACGUUUGCAAUGGCCUCUCUCAAUACCAUGGCAAUAAUUGCAGUGAGCCGAUAUUUUCGUGUCGUUAAAUCAGUAAAGUACCCCGUAGUGUUUAAAAAACAAAGAGCUUUGAUGUACAUUGCUGUUGUCUGGCUCGUGGCAUUCGUUGGAUCUGUUCCUCCGUUCUUCUUCGAAAAAAGUGCCGUUAAAUUUCACGCUGGUAAAGCAAUGUGCUGGUACUCAUUUCAAAGUAACAUCGCAUACACUAUAUUUGUCGAGUGCAUUUACAUCGCAACUCCUUUAACUGCUAUCAUCAUCUGUUACGCCAAAGUCUUUCACACAGUGUCUAGAUCAAAUCGUGUCUUCGUGCAAGAAAAUAACCCUCAGCAACUCAGAGCGAACGUUGAAGAAGCCAAAGUGACCAAGACUUUAGCGGCAGUAAUGGUCGGUUUUACGUGUUGUUGGCUUCCUAUUUGUAUCGUGGAUAACAUUGACACUGCACGUGGAGAAGACACUUUGCCGAGACAGGUGUACCUUACAUACGGGUUCUUGUGUUAUUUGAGUAGCACCAUCAACCCCUUCAUAUAUGUUGCCACGAAUAAACAAUUCAGACGCGAAUACAAAGCUAUUUUGAGUAACAUUGUUUGCUUUGGGCGCCAAAGUAAUGACUGAAAAUCUGGUGCGCAAUAUUGUCGGCCGCGUUACAUUUGUUUUCACUUUUUUGUUUUCUCGCCGACUAAAACUACAA